AUGGAGGACGGAGCAGGACAUGCAGCUCCUGAAGUUGCUGAGAUUGCAUACAAUGGAACUCCUUUGGAGCCCUUCAUACAGUUUGUUAAGCUGAAGGUUGGAGGCAAAGAGACUUGUGAGAGCUACAUCUUUGAGGCACCCAAUCCAACAAUCUCUGCAAAGACUGAAAAGCCAGGGCCUUCGUCUGGAAACCCAUUUGGUGCACCUCGGGUAGAGCCCUUCAAAGCUUGGGGCUGCACAGUCAUUGUCCUUUCCUGGCAAAAUUUCUUCAAGGGUUUCGUGCCUGAGAAGUUUAUCUGUGUCCGCGGCUGUGGCAAGGCCACUGUGGUACGCAAUGGCUGGUACUCUAAGCUAGUCAGGGCUUUGGGGCUCCAUCGACCCCUCUUUCUUCUCUCUCAGGAUUACCGCUGCAAGGACUGCCAUGCGAAGCCCGAUGGCAAGGGGGGCUACGGCAGCACGUUGUAUCUAGCUCACAGUCUAGAUAUCCUCAAUCAGUUGCGCCCCUUCGUCAAGGACCAGCUGCCCAUUGACUUCACUGAGACUGGCGUGCCUGUGGAGCGAUCGCUGCAGGAUUUGAUCCACUUUCUCGCUCCGGAAGCAAUCGGUUUCCCUCGCAUCGCACGCCUGGUGAAGGAGAUGCAUGUGUUGGCCGAAAAACGACGAGAGCUUGUCUACUAUGAGUACCAGUGCGAGUUGAAGGCAAAGCGGGCUGAGGCGGAAGCGAAGCGCCAGAAUGGUAUAGGCAGGUUUUUCGGUGGCACUGUUGGUGGGGGGGCAGGCAUUGAGCAGCUGGUUCAAAGCUGGGCCAUGGGGAAGCGAGUUCCGGACUGGAUUGCUGGUCCAGCGCUCCUGUCAGCAGUCUUCUUGCAGCAGGCUGCUGGGAAUAUACCCACAUACAACAAGCAGAUGGCGCUUGUGAAAGGCGAGUGCGUUGGGGUCGACCACUGCCACAAACUGAUGCGGAGGAUCAGAGGCGUGGAGGGGCAGCGUGUUUUGGAGGCCACCCUCACCAUGAUGACGGAGACGGGAGAAGUUGCAACCAGCCUUUGGACGCACAGUACGUCCCUUGAGGUUGUCAAAGACAAUCUCCGUCAAGUCUACGAGCGGAUGGCAGCAGCAGGCCGCGCACCCCGGGUGUUAUUCUGUGACUGGCCCGAGGUGAUGGGCCCCUUUUUCAUGGGCAUCUGGCCCGGGCUGGAGGCGUACCUCAUGGACAUUUUGCACGCUAUCAUGCGUGUGACCAAGCGCAUCCCUGAAGAUCAUCCUUUCAGAGGUUGGUUGCAAGGGAAGCUGAGCGACGCCAUCUUCCUCAAAAACCAAGCGGACAUGGUGGGAAUUAUGAAGGAGCUUGAUCAGAAGGGGAAAACACUUUCGGACAAAUCUGGGAAGAAUGCACUGAGGAGAUGCCGCAAAGCAGUACCACCCCCGGAGGUCUUGCUUGCGCGGCUUGAGGCAGUUGGCGACGAGGCGUCGUCCAAGGUCAACCCGCUCACUUCGGAGCCCCUCCUUGGGUCUGACGCUCAACGAGCGUUUCAGGGUCUACUUGAGCAAGCGCGGCUCGGCUUGUUGAGCGAUCCGCCAAACAUGGAGAUGUACUAUCUCAAGCCUGCGAACGGUGCAAACGCCCGCCCCCAGUAUGCCUGCAAACGAGUGGGCUCAAGACUGGAGGGCUUCCACGUGCACUUCCAGGCCAUCCUGAAGAACUACAACAUCAGCGCGGAACUUGCGUGGGCGGUGGCCGCCACGUGGCUGAACGGGUGGAACAUCCGGAUGCGGCAAACCAACUGCGGCGAACCCGACUAUGGCCCCGCCUUCAAUCUUGAAAUCCUAUAUCGGAUUGGAGAGCAUAUGCAAGCCCUCGGUCUGGCCCCGGCGUACAGGGAUGUGCAAUUCACCAUGGAGGAGACUGCGGAGAGCUUCGGAAUCCAUUGCACCCCUGCCGGGCUCCAAGAGGUCGCCGCUGCCUUCCAAGAGGGGGAGUUCGCUCCGACCCAAUUCCCAGAGGUUGCAUACCUGGACUCCGAUGGUCUGGACUUCGACGCCAAUUCCGAGCCGGAGUCAGGGGGCGCUGCACGGCCGCAAAUAAACCCUGUCCCUGGGGGGAAUGAAGCGCCCGACCAGCCAGCCAUCCCGCGCCCGCCAAGUGCGCAUGAUCGAGGCGCGCGGAACCAGGCAGCCGUCGUGCCCGCGCUCCCUGUUUUGGGGGACAGCGUGCACCACCAGUCGGCGGUCUUGCGGCCAACCGUUCGUGCCGGGGGGACGCCCAACCAGCCCGUCUUCACGUCGCCGGUCGUUGUGUCGAGUAGUGGGGUUCGGAGUCAGCCCACUCUCGCGCCACCGCUGUUCGUCUCGGGUGAGGGGGGGCGGAGCCAGCCAGCCUUCGCGCUGCCGUCUGCUCGUCCCGCUGAGGGAGUGCGGAGCCAGCCAGCCUUUGCGCCGGCGUCUGCUGUUCCUGGUGGGGGCGUGUGGAGCCAGCCACCCUUCGCGCCAACGUCCGCUGCUCCUCGGGGGGGGUGCGGAGCUGGUCCUGGUGGGGGGGGUCGGUGCCAGCCAGCCUUCGCGCCGCACCCGGCUGUUCCUGGGGGGGGGGUGCGGAGCCAGCCCGUCAUCGCUCCGCAUCCCGCUGUUCCUGGUGGGGCGGGGCGGAGCCAGCCCUCCGUCGCGCCGCACCCCGCUGUUCCAGGGGCGGGGUCCGGAGCCAGCCCGCCUUCAUGCUGCCGCCCGCUGUCCCUGGUUGGGGGAUCCGGAGCCAACCCGUCAUCGUCUCGCCGCUCGCUGUCCCUGCUAGGGGGGCUCACAGCCAGCCCGUCUUACAACCGCCUGUUGUUGAGAGAGGGGGGGCGGAAAGCCUCAAGCAGCCCACUCUUGAUCGGCCGGGCGUUCCAAGUGGGGGCGCACGCAGCGAGCCCGCACCAGGGAACGCAGGCAGUCUUCACACUGUCUCCCCAACCGAGGGAGACGGUCCAUCAGGUGUUGCAGCGGAAGCCCCUGUAG